CCGUGAAAACCCUUCAUCCAAGAAUCCCUCGUAUUCAUUCGGAGGUAGCUCGUGCUAGGUCUUGUUUGAUUAGUGACGAGCUUCGAUUUCUGUUUGUUGUUGUUCUUCUCCCCACCUUGUUUGUCAGGUAGACUGUAUGCGAUGGAUCGUGGUCUGAAGAUCCCUGCAGGGGAGCGUACGAAGACCGCCAACGCCCUCUUGAAUUCCCUCAUCAAACAGCUGGAAAAGGACAAGAAAUCGCUAAAUCUUGGGCCUGAAGACAGUUUGCAUUUGGAAGUGUUUGCCUUGAAUGUCUUUGCAAAGGCUGAUAAACGCCCAGCUGACUUGAAUACUGCAAAAACGUUUUAUGCUGCGAGCAUCUUCUUUGAGAUUCUCAGCCAAUUUGGUCCCCUUCAGCCUGAUCUUGAGCAGAAACAGAAGCAAGCAUUAUGGAAAGCAGCAGAUAUAAGAAAGGCUUUGAAGGAAGGAAGGAAGCUCGUCCCUGGGCCUCCUGCUGGUGAAGAUGAUCUGUCUGUGCCAUCGAGAACGCCUGGUGGAUCUUAUAUAUGUUUCCUGACCUUGAGUCCCCAGAAUUACCGUUCGGAGCAGCAACUUCAGUCCACGGGUUACUCCUCGGAACAUUUCUCUCAGAUCCCACAAAUCCCACAUAAUUAUCCCUCAGACCAUUAUAAUUAUCUGCCGCAAUCACAGCAGGACAUACCGAACAAUUACCUGUCUCAGGACAACCCUCCUUACUCCCACCGAAACUUCCAAUCCUACCCAAGCUUUACGAAGAGCAGCCUGCCAUCAGUACCGGCCCACGAUCCUUCUUACUAUGAAGGUCCUGAGACUUCUCAUAUUCCUUCAAACAAAAGCUAUCCCUCGGUUCCUCAGUAUGGCUCUUCCUUCUCUAGCAGCAGAACAAAUGGGAGUGUCUCAUCCCAAUCUGUCCUGGCUCCUACUCCAGCCCAAGCAUACCAAUACGGCAGCAAUUACCGGCCACCGCCUGAGAAAAUUGCCGAGGCCCACAAGGCUGUUGGAUUCGCUGUUGGGGCUUAAGCUUUUGAUGAUGUCUCUGUCGCAGUGGACUACCUGAGGAAUCGCUUGAGCUUCUUACAAAACCAUCAGCGAGUCAGUAGUAGUGUUCCCGAGUUUUAUGGACCUGUGAUUUGGACGCUGAUAAGUGAUGAGCGUGCUGUCAUGAUUUAUCUCCUGUACUUGCUUUAUUUGUGAAGGAUUUGGUCACUUUUCUUGUAGAUAUUGGGAUUUACGUUGUGAGCCUUUCGAA